AUGGCCACCGCCGCAGAGCCCAUAAGCCCAUCAAUCACAAGCGUGGGCUGGAUCGGCACUGGUGUAAUGGGCUGCUCUAUGUGCGGCCACCUAAUCAAAGCAGGCUACAAAGUCACCGUCUUCAACCGAACCCUCUCCAAGGCCCAACCUUUGAUCGACAUGGGAGCCAACCUGGCUCAAUCACCUCUCGCCGUCGCUUCCCAAUCUGACGUCGUCUUCUCCAUCGUCGGCUUUCCCUCCGACGUUCGCAGCGUCCUCCUCGACUCCACUUCCGGCGCCCUCCCAGGACUCCGCCCGGGCGGCGUCCUCGUCGACAUGACCACCUCUGAUCCCUCCCUCGCCGCCGAGAUCUCCUCAGCCGCCAUAAACAAGGGCUGCCACUCCGUCGACGCCCCAGUAUCUGGCGGCGACCGGGGGGCCAAGAACGGAACCCUCGCGAUUUUCGCUGGAGGAGAUAAAUCAGUCAUCGACCGGCUAAAUCCCCUAUUCGCCCUCUUGGGAAAGGUUAAUUACAUGGGUGGCACUGGGAAAGGGCAAUUUGCAAAAUUGGCAAAUCAGAUAACAAUAGCAUCAGCAAUGGUUGGGUUAGUAGAGGGAAUUAUUUAUGCACAUAAAGCUGGAUUAAAUGUUGAAUCUUAUUUAAAUGCAAUUUCAACUGGGGCUGCAGGGUCAAAGUCACUUGAUUUGUAUGGGAGUAGAAUUUUAAAGAGGGAUUUUGAAGCUGGGUUUUAUGUAAAUCAUUUUGUGAAAGACUUAGGGAUUUGUUUGAAGGAGUGUCAAAAUAUGGGACUUGCUUUGCCAGGAUUGGCUUUGGCCCAACAGCUUUAUUUGUCUCUUAAGGCUCAUGGUGAAGGGAAUUUAGGUACUCAAGCUCUUAUUUUGGCUUUGGAAAGGCUUAAUAAUGUUUCUCUUCAGAAUCUGGCUUCUUCAAAUUAG